UUCACUGCAGAAACACAUGUUGUUUAGAUCAGAGCUCAAACCAGUUUGAAAGAAAGAAAGUGAAACUCAGACAGUCGUUGUCACUGAGAGGUGAAAUGGCGCAGAGAGGAAUUCAACUGGACCAGGAAACUUUCUCUUGUUCCAUCUGUCUGGAUCUACUGAAGGAUCCGGUGACUAUUCCCUGUGGACACAGCUACUGCAUGAGCUGUAUUAAAAGACACUGGGAUGAAGAGGAUGGAAGGAAAAUCCACAGCUGUCCUCAGUGUAGGAAGGACUUCAUACCGAGACCUGACCUGGUGAAAAACACCAUGUUAGCAGAUUUAGUGGAGGAGCUGAAGAAGACUGGACUCCAAGCUGCUCCUGCUGAUCACUGCUAUGCUGGACCUGAAGAUGUGGCCUGUGAUUUCUGCACUGGGAGGAAACUGAAAGCUGUCAAAUCCUGUUUGGUGUGUCUGGUCUCUUACUGUGAGAAACACCUCCAGCCUCACUAUGAUGUACCUCAGUUAAAGAAACACAAGCUGGUGGAGCCCUCUGAGAAGCUCCAGGAGAACAUCUGCUCUCGUCAUGAUGAGGUGAUGAAGAUGUUCUGCCGCACUGAUCAGCAGUGUAUCUGUUAUCUCUGCUCUUUGAAUGAACAUAAAGGCCACGACACAGUCUCAGCUGCAGCAGAAAGGACUGAGAGGCAGAGAGAGCUGGAGCUGAGUCGACAACAAAUCCAGCAGAGAAUCCAGGACAGAGAGAAAGAUGUGGAGCUGCUUCAACAGCAGCUGGAGGCUAUCAAUGGCUCUGCUGAUAAAGCAGUGGAGGACAGUGAGGAGAUCUUCACUCAGCUGAUCCGUCUCAUGGAGGAAAGAAGCUCUGAUGUGAAGCAGCAGAUCAGAUCCCAGCAGGAAAGUGAAGUGAGUGGAGUCAAAGAGCUUCAGGAGAAGCUGGAGCAGGAGAUCACUGAGCUGAAGAGGAAAGAUGCUGAGCUGAACAAGCUCUCACACACACAGGAUCACACCCACUUUCUACACAACUACCCCUCACUGUCACCACUCAGUCAAUCUACACACUCAUCCAGCAUCAAUAUCCGUCCUCUCAGGUACUUUGAGGAUGUGACAGCAGCUGUGUCAGAGCUCAGAGAUAAACUACAGGACAUUCUGACAGAGGAAUGGACAAACAUCUCACUGACAGUGACUGAGGCCAAGACCAGAGCUGGAUUCUUAAACUAUUCACAGGAAAUCACACUGGAUCCAAACACAGCAAACACACAUCUGUUAUUAUCUGAGGGAAACAGAAAAGUAAGAUUAAUGAGUAAAGAUCAGUCUUAUUCUCGUCACCCAGACAGAUUCACUUCAUGUUGUCAGGUCCUGAGUAGAGAGAGUCUGACUGGACGUUGUUACUGGGAGGUGGAGUGGAGAGGAGGAGGAGUUUAUGUAGCAGUCGCAUACAAGAAUAUCAGCAGAGCAGGGAGACCAGGUGAAUGUAGAUUUGGACGUAAUGACAAAUCUUGGGCAUUAAAUUGUUUCCAAAACAGUUUUUCAUUUUGGUACAACAACAUCGACACUCCAGUCACAGGUCCUCAGUCCUCCAGAGUAGGAGUGUACCUGGAUCACAGUGCAGGUAUUCUGUCCUUCUACAAUGUCUCUGAAACCAUGACUCUCCUCCACAGAGUCCAGACCACAUUCACUCAGCCUCUCUAUGCUGGACUUUGGCUUUAUGGAUAUGAUGGAGACACAGCUGAGUUGUGUAAAGUGAAUUAGAUAAAAGUCAUUGAAGGUGCAGUUUGUUAAAAUGUAUAUUUUAGUUGUUGAAGUGAUUUUGUCUCCAUGUUUGUUGCCGUUGUGUUUGUGCACUGCACAGAGAUCAGCUGUCAAUCAAACAAUGAUUGUCAGCUCUUUAUUAUCUUCUCAUUUCUUGUUGUGUUGAUGUUUGAGUUUCUUUAGGUGGAGCUGGAGCCAUGGAGGAGAUCACUGCUCAUGAUGAUCUGUGUUUACCUCAACUCACAUUUCUCCACAUGAACAUAGAAACUUCUCUGUUCUCUAAAUGUUGAAACUAACAUGAGAAUAUAACUGAAGCAGUUUCCUCCUCAAACAGCACAAAGUACAGAGUUGAUGUUCAGAGCAGAGGAACAUCUGUCACUCAGUCUCUGUCCUUUCAGCUUCUUCACUAAAACAACUUUGUCACAGAGAAAUGAGCAGAGUUUUCUUUCACUUCUUGCUUUUUACAACCAACAUUUUGUUUGUGCUUCAAUCAAUAAACAGAGUUUGUUCUACAGACUGAAAGAACUGGACAAACCUUAAGAAAACAUUUGUUUAAAUUUGAAUGUGAGGACGUUUAUUUGAAUCUUGACUCACACACUUGUUUUCAUUCAAUUGUGUAUAAAUAUCAUGUGACUUCUGUG